UCCUGACUAAUGAACGCUUGAGGUGAACGUUUGCUUGGACCCAAUGGUUGCACAUCAUGCACACGUCUAUCGAAAGGUAGUCCGAGAGAUAGCCAAAGCGACUGUUAAACCUCGGUUAGCUCGAAACAAAGACAUUGCUUCAAACUUCCGAGCCCUGUUCGCACAGAGUGGACAGCCCGAGGAUGCGCAGCAUUUUCAACACGAUAUGCACAAUGCCUUGACUUUCCUGCGAUCCCAGCGAGAAUAUAAGGCUUUAUUGGAGAGAUACAACCCAUUAAUCGACUUAACAGCGGAGGAACGGAUAGAAGCAACCGCACGACGAGUUGGACUGAACAUGCCCAAGACCCAUGUGUCUGGUUCCCAGGACACGUAGCAACACUGGAGUUACCAGAUGCCAAUGAUUUAAGUGUAGCCGGUCAAUUUCUGUUUACCAAGAGCAGUGACUCGACAAAAGGGUUGUCGGGCGUGGUGUAUCAUGAUGCUCGAGGAUGCCAGGUCAUGUUAGAUAUCUACUAUGGCACGCCGUAGGACUACAUAAAAGUUAUACUUAAUACUAUCGAUUUGCUUACCCGA